GAAAUCAAAUAUUUUGUGUUAAAAUAGUUUGAGUUUGGAAAUUGAUGUUAAUUUUUAGACUCAAAGCAGAAAUUAACGCUUAAAAUUAAGGAAAAGAAAAUACACACUAUACAAAGCCACAAAUGGUAUUGACCUAUUAUUUCCUUAGUUAAAAUUAAUUUCUACUAAUUAAACUGAUUAUAUUUUGGGUAAUUAAAAUUUUCAUGUGUUUCCGAAACCUUUUUAUUACAUUUUUAAAACAGUGUACCAUAGUUGACUUUGCCUUUGAACCUUCUGAGGGUGAUAAAAAUAAAGUACCAGUCAUGUACUGGGGAUCGAUAUAAUCGAUAAUAAUAUCUCUUUAACCCUUGAACUGAGGUUUCGUGCCUGUUAGAAAUCAAUAUUUCUGAAACAGCAGAACUGGCUUCUUGUAUUGUUUACUACUUUCUGUCUACAGAUUCUGAAUGAUUAUCAACGGCAGCAUAGCCAUCACCAUCAGAUGGCCAGUGGUGGUGCUCAGAUGGUGGCUGGCUCCUCUUCCUCCUCCUCAUCGUCUGGACACUCUCCCGGCAUACCGAACAUUGGCCUAAACAAAAUGGCAGUGAACAGCGGCAGUGGACUGAGCAGUGGUCACAGUAAGGCAUGUGAUGUGGUCAUAGUGUCCGAGUAUGGUACUAUGCAGACCCACCAUCGAAACCGUCAACUAGAGCCUGGGGAAAUUUUGGGCUGCCAUCAUCCCACCACUGUCACUAUGACUAAUGAUGACAAACUCUCGAUUUCACCACCAGAGAAACUCACCUCUGAUGUUCAGGCUAAAAUGUCUUCUGUGGAACCAAUAGAUCUGACAGGCGGAAGCAGGGAUCUGAUAGCCAUUUCAAACAGUGGACCCCUGUCCAGAACAUUGUCUACGCCUGCCAUGUUGGGCAUGGCUGGGCCACCAUUGGGAGGGGACCCUACAGGAGCAGAUAUGUCUGGGCUGGACCCUCGCAAACUCAUCAAACCUUGUACAGUGAAAUUGGCAGCCAUACCCCGUAGUCUGAUGCACUCCAACAGUCUGACCAUCAAACCAUCACCCUCGACAGAAGACAUCAAGCAAAGACUAAAGACUGUCUUGCUGAACCAAUCUCGGCAGUCUUUCGACGGCCGACUUCACCAAUCCGCUUCGGAACCCUCUUCACCCUCAACACAUGCACCCGAUACUUUGAUGACCCACAGUCAUUAAGUUUUGUAUAUACAUCUUUUUUUUUUUUUUUUUUUUUUUUUUACCAGCUGAUAAACGAAAUAAAAUAUGAAUUUUUACCUCAAGAAUUCUUUUACUGUGUGUGUAUGUGUACCUGAAAUAUGUUAGAUAUAUGUGAAACCUUUUUACAAAUUAUUCUGUUCAGCAGACAGCUAUAUAGAAAUUUUCUAUACUUCAUAUGCUUCUCUUUCUACAGACACAUGUUAUGGAUUUAUUGGAUUAUUAUUUUUUUUUAUAUAUAUAAAUAAUUACAGUUAAUUAAUGACAUUGACAUUCGUUACAGUUUUCAGAAAAUAAACUAUUUCGGAGAUGUGAACUUUGUCAGCAGUAACUUUGGUACAUUCAAGUUGUUGUUAGGAACCCAAUGAAUUUAUUACCUAAUAACCUAGCAAUAAUUCUUAACCAUUUACUAAACUAGAAAUAAUUUUAUUCUAAUAAAGUUGAUUGUUUUAUCAACUGUAACUUUUUAGUAACUUAUGUACAUUGGGGCAAUCCUUUAGGAUUCAUUCACAAUGCCACAAUUCUUUUGCUUUGAACCAAAUCACUUCCAUCAGCUUCACAUUCCAUACUUCAAACUCCAUCCAUCAUUAAGCAUCCUGUUUUCUGUUUAUAAAUUCUCUUAAAAUGCCUUAACUUUUGAAAUAUCUUACCGAAAUUUCACACCAUGUUGACUAACAUUUUAGUUUUUAAACCAAAUAACACAUUUUAUUUAUUUAUUCAUUUAUUUAUCUUAAUCAUUUUUUUUUUUUGAUCAAAGUGUUUAAGUUUAUGCUUUUGAAGUGAUGAAAUAUUUAGAAAUUAAACAUCUAUUGUUUGUCUGUCUUCUGUUAAAUCGUGUUGCUAAUAUUCUAAAUAUUUUACUUAAGUCUUUUGUUAUCACUGAUGGCAAGCUGUUCACUCAUACAGUUUAUAGUUUUGUAAACUCUUUCUUUCAGAAAAAAAAAAGCAUUUUAGUGAGUAUUCCUUAUUUUGAUAUUGGAAAAUUGAACAAAUAAACAUAAGGGAGAAAGAAAAAAUAGGGUAGAAAUAGACCAAAUUUAUAUGGCUAAAUUUGCUUAUAGAAUUAACAAUUCUUUUCAAAAUUUAAUGAAAAAAUUGAAAAAAAUUAGAUGAUUUUAUAAAACGCUUAUAUUUAAUUUAUAUGAAUAUGAAUUAUAUAUAAUGCAAACAUUACAUACUUGUUAACAAAUUAUGCGACAUUGAAAUUAUUAAAUUUAUUUCUUAUUAUUUUUUUUGCCUUUUCUUGGUUUAUAAUUAUCUAAUAUAGCAAUAUCUAGCUUUAACUCAAUGUUUUUCUGGAACGUUUUCUCAAAAUGUUUCUAUGGAACAUUUUCUCAAGCAAGAAAAAGCUUAGAAAAUAAAUUAGCAAAUUACAUAACUUGCCAAAUUUUAAUCCCAACGAUUAUAAUGGCUCUGAGAUUAAAGCAGGGAGAUAUUACAUGAAAGUUCAUGGUCUAGACACUAACUAUAGAUAUUGUGUUGCAAACCUGUAGGUUAUCUGAGCUUCUACUGUUACCUCAUAGUUCAGUGGUUGGUAGUUGAGUAUAGGGCAUCUAGUUAUUAAAACAAUCUUUGUUUCAAUAUUUUGUUUAAUGUCUAAAUUUGUAAUUUUAAAAAAAAGGAAAAGAAAAAAAAGAAAGCCUUCCACUCUUGCUAGCAUGGGGAUAAUGAGUGUAAGAUGGAAAAAGACGAAAAAAAAAAAAUCUAACGGUGACUUCAUAAUGUUUCUACUCAUACUUAAAAAUAUCUUUCAGAUGAAAAAUGUCCACAAGAAUUUUUAUUAUUAUUGAGACUGCUUAAAGUAUAAAGUAACCAUUAUAAAUGAGAAAAUGGUGGACUGGUGACACAAAUGAAAUCUUCGGUACUAUUACAUUUCAUUUGAAAUGAUUUUGCUCGGGGAAAUCGUAAGCUUUACAAAUAACAGUUUCCUCUGUCGUCCCAAUCAUUAUAAUUUUCAAAAAUUGUUUAACCUAUUUCUCAUUAUUCAAAUAAAAGUCAAAAUCCUGA